CAAAAACAUAUUUAAUAUGGCCCCAAAAUCAAUAAUUAAAACUACAGAAAAAGCCUUAACGGAUUAAGAACAUAGGCUUACUAAAUUAUACAAAGCCCAUUAGCCCAAUUAACAACGGCAGAGAGAUCCGAGUCAGUUCCGACGGCGCUGACUAAAGAAACGCGUCGUCUGUGGAGAAAAUUGAAAAUUCCUCACAGUGAGAAAAUAAGAAGAAGAAGAAGACGAAGAGAAGAAAUCACGAUUGACAUUGAGAAAACAGAAAUGGCUUUAACGAUCUACACUUGCAAAGAAUGUGGAUCAGAUCUAAAUCUGAACCCUAACGAUUUGUUCCCACGGGAUUUCUACUUCGAAGCCGGAAACAAAAAAACACUCUCAUUCGCCGCCGUCGACGCCGGAAAGUUCCGAUUCGAAAAAGAAGACAAGAUUAUGCCUUUCUUCGAAACCCUAAACUACUGGGGAAUCCAACGGAAACGAACCAAGAUCAAUUGCAAUAGUUGCAACCACCUCAUCGGCUACAUCUACGACGAUGGUCCUCCUCUCACCGGCGGUAUUGGUCAGUACGGAUUCGGUCCUAGUCAAGUCGUUCCUCGUGCUCCUCGGUAUCGAUUCAAAACCAAAGCGAUUCAAGUCUCCUCUCAGACUUAGCUGAACCAGAGGGUUUAAAAAAAUAUAAACUUUGUCAAAAGGGUGAACAUGAUUGUAGAUGUUGCUUGUUGCUUGAUAAGCAGAUCAUCUGAUCUUGUUGCUUGCUUUUGAAGAAACAUCUACUAUCCUGUUCUCUGCUUUGUCUCUUUGUCUGUUGUAGAAUGAAUCGGAUUGAGUAGCUAGUUUAGUUAAGAUAUGUUUGGAUUUUGAUCAUAUUUGUAGUGUGUGUGUGUGGUUGUUUUGAAUCAUAUAUGUGAUGUUUGUGUUUUGAUGUGAAUGACAUGGUUUUGCUAAGUGCUCAAGUAUGAAUCUUUUAGUCUCUUCUUCAAUGAUCAUGAAUUGUUUUGCUUGGUGA